AUGGGGUGUGCUCUUAUACUGGAGAACACUGGGCCCGGUAAGUCUCCAAUAAUUGAUGACUCGACCACACCUACCGGCAUCUGCAACAUAGAACACAAACAGAUAGACAUCCCAGCAGCCAACAGAGAUGGGGAUGUCACAUGUUUCAACCUAUUUGCUGUAGCAGUCCAUGAAUUUGGCCAUGAGCUUGGCCUGCCCUACUCAUCUGACCCUGGAGCUAUUAUGUACCCAGCAUACAACCUUGCCCCCAAUUAUGAACUUCAGCUCUCCUUCCACGAUGUGAAAGAUGUCGAACACCUGUAUGGUAUCAGUCCCAAUUUUGCUUCACUAUUCUCAAAACAACCUCCUCAGACACCUGACAAAUGUGAUCCAGAUUUGUCCUUUGAUGUGGUUACAGAAUUACAACGGUUCCUGUUUUUCAAAGAUAGAUUUAUGUGGCGCAAACAUCCACAGUUUGAUGAAACUGAAAUCACCCUGAGUAGCAGUCUGUGGCAAGACACAGUACCUCCCUGCUUGGAUGCUGUCUAUGAGAAUGUGGAGAGGAAUGUUAACGUGUUUUUCAAAGGUCAUCAAUACUGGGUGCUGAGGCAUUCAAUUGAGGAGGGUUUUCCAAGAAACAUCUCAGACUUGGGCUUCCCCUCCAGAAUAAAAUCUGUAGAUGCUGCUCUUCACUUCAGAAAUGAGCAUUACACUGUGUUCUUCACUGGCCAUGAGUGUUGGAGGUACAAUGAGCAGCAGAAGACGAUGGCGGGAUCACCGACACUUAUAGAGCAGCAGUGGCCGGGGAUUCCAACUCCCAUAGAUGAAUCUUCAUUCCCAACAGGAGUUGUCCACUUCUUUAAGGGAAACAUCCACUACAAAUUUGACUCCAACUCCAAACAUGUCUUGUCUACCAGCCCUGCUAAAGACCUGCUGGAAUGCAAGAAGAAUGACGACAAUGAAGUACUGACAGGGAGGAGAUAAUUGAAGGAAAGCCACCAUGUAGCCUGAAGCCAAUGGUGCUGUGUAUUUAAUGUGUGUGUAUACAAAGUGUUACGAAACUCCUAGAUUCAGCAAUAACCACAAUGUACCCAAUACCAAACUGGGUAACUGAUGAAUCCAGGACAGUGGUUAAAGUGUUACGGUACCUCAGCGUGUAAUACAAUGUUGUAAUAAUGGCAUUUGUACCUUGUAUCAAAGUACAUUUUUUGUGUUGUAUUUACAUU